UUUCUUCUUCUUCGCUUAGGUCUUCUCCGCUUUAUUUUCUUCCAGUACCAGUAAACCGCCGCCGCCAGCUUCCGACUUCCUCCCCUCCGACGAUUGCGUUCCCUCUGUAGCAGCUAAACGCCAAACCAAACUUUCAAUCUUUAGAAUCUGGUAUUCUUGAUUCUUUAUGAACUUUUGAAGAUCAAGGAUGUUGCCAACUGAUGACUUGAAGAAGAUAUCUUUCACUCGUUCUAUAAGGGAUGGAGAUUUAGUCAUUGUUUAUGAGAGACAUGAUGUCAUGAAGGCUGUGAAAGUAUGUGAAAAUUCAACAUUUCAGAAUAGGUUUGGUAUGUUUAAACAUUCUGAUUGGAUUGGAAAGCCAUUUGGGUCCAAGGUGUUGAGUAACAAAGGUGGCUUUGUUUACCUAUUAGCCCCAACUCCUGAAUUAUGGACUUUGGUUCUAAGCCACAGGACACAGAUUCUAUACAUUGCGGACAUUAGUUUUGUAAUUAUGUUCUUAGAGAUAGUUCCUGGUUGUUUGAUUCUAGAAUCAGGGACUGGCAGUGGAUCUUUGACGACGUCUUUAGCUAGGGCUGUAGCGCCUACCGGACACGUCUAUACGUUUGAUUUUCAUGAACAGAGAGCUGCCUCGGCGAGAGAGGAUUUUGAGAAGACUGGCUUGACCAGCUUAGUCACUGUGGGAGUUAGAGAUGUUCAAGGUCAGGGCUUCCCUGAAGAGUUUGUUGGAUUGGCAGAUUCAGUUUUCUUGGAUCUACCUCAACCUUGGUUGGCCAUUCCUUCAGCUGAGAGAAUGCUGAAACAAGACGGCGUAUUAUGCUCGUUCUCUCCAUGUAUCGAGCAAGUUCAACGGUCGGCCGAAACUCUACGAUCUAAGUUUACAGAUAUAAGAACAUUUGAGGUAUUGCUUCGGACUUACGAGGUUCGAGAAGGUAAAACAGAGAGCAGCCAGGUUGAAGGAGGUGGUUCUGUCGAGCUUCCACCGUGCAAGAAGCGGGUGAGAUCAAAGGAAGCUAACGACACGAACGGUGAUUCGAGUACGGUCAUGGUUAGGCCAUGUAGUGAGGCCAGAGGUCACACUGGUUAUCUAACAUUUGCAAGACUCAGGUGCCUCUCAUAACACUAAUAAUAGUUCAUGAUUUGAAGUUUUGUGUUCUUUUUCAUCACUCUGAAUCUUUGAUUCUCACUUCAGUUAUUGAAUGUUCUACAAUUUUGUCCGAUCACUCUUCA